AGAAGAGUUGACUUUUGAGUUCCAUCAAGCAAAAUGGAAUCCCCUGAAUUUCUGGAAAUGUUUUGAAGACAUGCUUUCCUUCAGUAUGCUCUUUAUAUACCUCUUUUGGUGGGAGAUGACAUGAAGAGGUUGCACAUUUAACAGCACUGAUGUUCAUUUCUCAAUCAAGAUCACUUAUCAGGCUAUAGGAUCCCUAUGACUUGCUGCCACAUACCGCCGUCAUGGCUCAUGCUAUUGAAGUGGAUGACAAUGAGAUGACCCAAGGUGAAUAUCCUGGGAGCUCCAGGAGAGACUCUUCACUUAGGGCCCGACAUCUAUUCCGUAGGCUGAACAGACCCGGAAAUGGACACCCCAAAGGGCUGAGAGCUACUUCUCCGAUGGGAAGGGUCAUCUUGAUAAAUUCACCAUUAGAAGCCAACAGUGAUGAGAGUGAUUCAGUCCUUGCCAUCACAGUUGACAAAACUCCAGAUGGUAAAUUGGGGUUCAGCGUCCGAGGGGGUUCAGAGCAUGGCCUUGGGAUCUUUGUCAGUAAAGUGGAAGAAGGAAGCAGUGCAGAUCUAGCAGGUCUGUGUGUCGGAGAUAAGAUCGCCGAGGUGAACGGUAUCAGUUUAGAGAGUAUAACUAUGGGAAGUGCAGUCAAAGUACUCACUGGGAACAACCGUCUACGUAUGAUGGUGAGACGGAUGGGAAAAGUGCCAGGGAUUAAGUUCUCCAGAGAAAAGACCACAUGGGUUGAUGUGCUUCGUAAGAGACUAGUAGUAGAGAAAGGAAGCUCAACACCAUCAGACAGCAGCUCCGAAGAUGGAAUGAGAAGGAUCAUUCACCUCUAUACAUCAUCGGAUGACACUUGUUGGGGAUUUAACAUCCGAGGAGGGAAGGAAUAUGGACUGGGAAUCUUUGUUUCCAAGGUUGACCCGGGUGGAUUAGCAGAAGAAAGGGGCAUUAAAGUUGGUGAUCAAGUUCUUUCAGCCAAUGGAAUCAACUUUGAAGAUAUAAGCCAUAGCAAGGCAGUCGAAGUGCUAAAGGGGUUAACUCACAUCAUGCUCACAAUCAAGGAGAUGGGAAUGUACCCUGCGUACAAAGAGAUGAUUGCAGAAUAUUGUUGGUUUAAUCGAUUAACCAAUGGCCAAUUGCAGCAGCUCUCCCAAGCUUCUGAAACCAGCUCUUCUAUUUCUUCCUAUUGCUCUGGUGUCCCUCAAGGAAUUGUUAAUGGUUAUCACCAAGCACUUAUGUCUGGCUCUGCCAUGUUUGAACCAGCAAUGGUUGAUGUUGGAAUCUCUACAGAAAUAUCACUUGACCCACACUUGUUGGGCACUUCGGAAACUGCCAUGCAGACAGAUCUGCAUUCGUCUUCUUCUGUAUUCUCUGAUUCUGAUGAAGCUCAGAAACUGGGGAUGGUGAGCACUAAAAUGCAGAGAACUGUCCACCCACCUGUCCUUCUUAAAGAUACUGCCAUACGUUCUGAGAGCAUGUUAGAGUCCCCGCUGAAGAGGAGACAGAGGAAACAAAUUGGAGGGGAUUUUCCUAAUUCUGAAUCUCCAAAAACGUCAUUGUUGUUGGCACUUAGCAAACCUCGGAAACCCAUCAAAAGAUCUCAGAGCUACAUUUCUCUUUGGGAAGCCCGAAAAAAAAAGAAAAAAGAAAAGAAGAGUUCCCCCGAGAGUAUUACGUUACAGCGUUCAAAAACCUUCCUAAACCUGUUUUUUAAAGGCGGGCGCUCAAAAGAAAAUGGAGAGGGCAGCAAGGAGUCCUCCACACCUGAUUCAAAAAGAAGAGCAAGGUCGCCGUCACCAGGUGAAUCAGAAAAAGUUAACAUUGUUCAGAAAUUUAUGAUCAGAAGCCUGAAAAAGGGCAAAGAACGUAGUCGGCCAUUCUUCUUUGGGGCUCAAAGGGAGCUGAAAGCAAUCUAUAAUGGAGACCUGUCUAUAGAGGACAAGCUGGCAGAAACCGAGGACAUGGCCAGAAAACUGCUCAAUGAGGAUGAAGUAGCAGCCAUCUUGCGUCACUGUAGAAGGUAUAUCCAUGAAGGGGGUAUUGAAGAUUUGGUAAGACCAUUGCUCGCCAUUCUGGAUCGCCCUGAGAAGCUUCUACUUUUACGAGAUAUUAGAGGGUUGAUUGCACUCACAGACCUCGGGAGGUUUGAUAGUAUGGUUAUUUCCCUGGAGAUGGAAGCAUACGAUGCCCUCAAGAACAGAUCAGUGGCAUCUCCUGCACUUAGACCUGCCAGAUAUGACACACUUCCGAGGAAGCAUCUUGUUACUCCGGUUCCAGAUCAUAGAGGAGCUUUUCAACUUAAACCAGUAGAUGAUGUGAACGACAGCAAGUCGCUUCCUGGGGAAAUGGAGAGGCUACAAGUCUCAGAUCCAAAUGAUGUCAAACCAACAUAUCCUAAAAACUUUACCCCACUUGAAGAUGUGCCAGUCGAUUCCUUUGAUGCCCAAAAUACUACAGUGAAGAAGUCUUCCUCUCGGCCACAACGGCCAAACUGGCUCCUUACUGAACCCAUAAAGAGGUCCUCCAUGCUCAAUGAUGGCGCCUCAUUGGGAACCAGUGACAACAAAUCUUUGCCUACAAGAAGUAAAAAGGACCAACAAGCUAAUAGUGAGGAUUCUCGAGUGCCUAGAACUACUCGCAGUAGAUCUAAAGAAAAAAAGAAUGAGGCUUAUUCAGUCAUAAGCAAGGCUAAGAAAUCCAGGCCAAUCUUGUCUCAGAUCUUCGGAGGGGUCUCUCUGAAUCCAUCCAACUUUGACAUCAAGCUAAGGCCUAUACGAUCAGACAGCAAUCACCUAGAACCGGAGCGGGUUUCACAGAAUGGCUUUAGAGAUGACAAAGAGGAGGAGUAUGAGAUGCUGACUGUGACAAUCUCAAAAACCAAACAGUCUUUAGGAAUCAGCAUAUCUGGAGGAAUUGAAUCCAAAAUACAACCAAUGGUGAAAAUUGAAAAGAUCUUUCCCGGAGGAGCAGCCUUUCUUAGCGGCGAACUCCAGGCCGGCUAUGAGCUUGUCUCUGUGGACGGGGAAACCGUGCAGAACGUAACACACCAGCGGGCAGUGGACGUCAUUCGUCAGUCCUACAGCAACAAACAGAAGGAGCCAAUGGAGCUUGUUGUUAAAAUUCCAAAGAAAAGCGAGAAACAAUAACGUCGUACUUUUCAUACUGCUCUGUCACGUGCACUCAAAACUUCCAGGAAUGUAAGAAUGGCGACUUACCAAUUAUUCAGUCCACUCCUGAUAUCAGUGCUGUAUGUUAUCACUGCAAGUGCCUAAUGAAACUCUCUGUCUUCCUCGUGCUUCCUGGCAGUCUGAACUAAGCUACGCUUGAUCACAUGUAUAUAGAACACACCAGAAGAAAGCCCAUGCUUUUAUUUUUGUUACCCAUGUACAUAAUGCAAUGUUCUUUUUUUAGACUGUAACAAUAAAGUUUUUAUUGCACUAAAAUACAAUUAUGUGACUUCCUCUCAACCAGGAUUGAGCAUAAAAAUUCAAAAUGAGUAGUUGAACGAAAAUUGUUUAUCUUAAAUAAUUAUGCAUUUUCCAUGGACCAAAUUUUACAGAUUUAAAGGGACACUGUCACCUUGUCCAUUGAGGACAAAAGUUGCAAUGUCUUUAUAAAGAUCCCACCCUGAACCCCUAAUACAAACCUUGAUGGUGCUCCUUUGCUGCUCCUGCCACCAUCACAGUUGGCACUAUAGUGGCUGUUACAGUGCUGGCUGCAGUUAGAAGAUAGGGGGAGCAAUGACACCACUCCCUUGAUCAUGUGACAAUGCUCAGGUAUAGUGAUUGGCUGCUAAUGUCAAGCACUGUAACUUGGAAGGAAGUCACAUGCUCUCCUAUACUCAAAGGCAUUGGGUGUUGUCAGUGGCUGUGAUGGACACUCGAACGGUGAUGGAGUGUUGGUUGAGUGAGUAUAAAUUAGA